AUGGCCUCUCCAUCUGACUCGCAACAACAAAAACAACCGCCAAACUUCAACGCGCUUCUGCAAUACCUGCAGAGCCAAACCGAACCCACAGAUACCGAGACCGCAACCCUAGCCACCGACAUCCAGAAGCUCGACGUGAGCGAGGAGACGACAGAGCAAGACAAAGUCAACGCCUACGUAGCCGAGUUCUUGUACAUUGGCGGCCCAGAAGUCCUUGCAGGAAAGAAAUCCGACAAGCAAAAUGUUUUGUCAACACACAAAGCAAAUCUAACUCUCCACCUUGCUGCAGGCAUCACCGAUAAGAUCGCAAAGGAGUCUUCGGACUCGACGGCUUCGUCGCACGGCAUGCACGACACGGGCAAUAUGCAACAUGCUGAGGCUUUCAAGUCAAAGGGCCCAGUCAUUGCCCAGAACCUGCCCGAGCCCGCGAGCAAGGAGGAGCUGAAGAAGAGGGCUGAGGAGCUGAACAAAUAG